AUGAGGCCCACCGCUCCUACGGCGCUUCUCAGCGCCUUCCAAGGCCUCAGAAUAUCUACGACGCCGACAGUCAGUCCUCUUAGGGCCGCGAUCCGACCUCAAUUGACGAAGCCGCUGGUCGCAUCCCAGAUCCUCCGCGAUGCCCGCCCGUUUUCCACGACACCUGCAGCGCAGGGCACAUGGCUCGAACCCUCGAUCGACCGAACGAAGAAGAUGAUGAAAGGACGUCCUCGCGUGGCUACGGGAGGAUCGACCAAGGGCACGACUGUCAUCUGGGGCGACUACGGUCUCCGAAUGAAGGAUCACCACCGAAGAAUCAGCGCCAAGCAGCUCAAGAACGCUGAAGAUACGAUUAAGAUGAGAUUACGUGGUCAAAAGUACCGACUGUACAAGAGAGUGUGCUGCAACGUUGGUGUAUAUGUGUCUGGUAACGAGAUGCGUAUGGGUAAGGGAAAGGGUUCUUUCGAUCAUUGGGCGGCGCGUGUUGCUGUCAAUCAGAUCGUUUUUGAGAUCAGAGGAAUGCUUCACGAGGCUGUUGCGAAGGAUGCCUUCCGUCUGGCGGGUAACAAGUUGCCCGGUCAAUGGGAGUUUGUACACAAGGGAGCGGCUCCUGUUGUUGGUAUUACGAAACUUGAGAACGGUGUUACGUUGGAGGAUCUGAAGAGACCAAGAAAGGCGAUUGCGCCUGAAGACUUGCUGGCUGAGGCAACGAGCAAGCCCACCAGCGCGGCGUCUACCACUACGCCGUCUGCAGCGCCCUAA